CGAGUUGUAACCAACUAAUUGCCAUACCAUACCGGUUUGCCACUCCGGGCCAAACUGAAAAGCCGCAACUUCGGAAAGCAAAAUCAAUAUCAGAAAAAUAGAGAGAGCGCAAAAUACCCAGAAAGCUUUUGGAGACAGGAGCAAGUUUUUCUGAGCCAAAGUGAACGUAGCUUUCGGCGAGUUGAAACCACACUCGACUGAUAUUGAUUCAUUGCCAGCGAGCCACUGAACCGCCUCGCAUUCCGCGAAUACCAAAAAGAAGUGCACCGAAAAUGCUGCGAACCUUUGCCAUUCUGCUGCUGAUCGCAGUGGCCAUAAAUGCGAGAGCGGCACCACAGAGAACCACCAUUUCGCCGGAUCCUGACACCACCGAGGAGCCCCAUCUCCUCGAGGAGUCCACUUACAUGUCCGUGGAGGAGGGAACCAUCACGGUGGACGUCGACUCGGAUGUGAUACUGACCACCAGUCCCGAGGGCGAGAGCUUCACGGAGGCCAGUCCGAUGGUUUUGACGGAGGAACCACUUCCGGACUCGGUGCUGCAGCAACUGGAGAUGGAGCGACUACAGGAAGAGCGGCUCAAGAAUCCCGAAGUGCCUGAAUCGGAAUCGGAAUCGGAAUUGGAGUCGGAAUCGGAGUCCAAGACUGAGACCACAACAACCACCGAGCCAGCAAAUUCAGUGAACACAACCAGCACCACCAAGAGAAGCUUCACCUUUAAGUUUGGAGCAACCACACUGCCACCCAGUUUUGUAACCACUACCGGCAGUCCAGGAGCUAUCACAACCACCAUACCACUGGACGGGCCAACCACCCGCUUUUCCGAGACCGAAGAAACCACCGAAUAUGAGGAGGUGAAGACCAUGAGGAACUUCUUCGAGCGGAAGCCAGCGGAAAUGGAAGAGGUCGAUCUGGACAUGGCCGAGAACCGAAUGGAGACCACCACGAAUUCACCACCCGAGGAGCCCAAAGAGCUGUCCUUCAUUGUGACCACCGAUGCCGCUUUGGUGGAGGAGAGUUCGAGGCCCAGAAGUGAGGGAGGUCAGGAGGAGUCGGUGGAAACCACGGUGGUGCCACUCUACCAGUUAUUUAAAAAUGCAGAUCCGAUAGUAGAAGCUUUACAACCUCAACUUACCACUGAGGUGCCGACAAUAAAUGAAGAAGUAGCCUCCUCAGAACCUGCGAUAGAGGAAACCACAGAAGUGCCGCUGGUUUCAUCUCCCCUAGCACCCGUAACCACCACAGAGGCCGAGGAAACCACAACUCCAGCUCCUAGCACCACCACCACCACUGAAGCUCCAAGCACCACCACCACCACUACAGAAGCUCCUAGCACCACCACCACCAAUACAGAAGCUCCAAGCACCACUACCACCACUGAAGCUCCUAGCACAACCACCACCACUGAAGCACCUAUCACCACCACAAGCACUGAAGCUCCUAGCACCACUACCACCACAGAAGCUCCUAGCACCACCACCACCACUGAAGCUCCUAGCACCACCACAAACACUGAGGCUCCCAGCACCACCACCACCACUGAAGCUGCCCUACUGACCACCAAGGUGGAGACACUGCUCAAUGUUCAGCCAGAGACGAGCACAAGUGCUCCGGAGACCACAUCCACAGGUUCUCCAACAACCACAACCAGCACCACCAGUGCUCCAACCACCACAACCACCUCAACCACCACUGAACGUCCAGUUCAGACGCGAGCUCCGCGAGUGGAGCGGAUCUUCAACUCGGACGGAGUGGAGGUGCUCUACGGCUAUUCGUCGGUGGUGCGGACCAACCGCUCGUGAGUGGUGCUUUGUAGUGGUGGUGCCACCGAGAACGCGACCUUGUCAAGGUCGGACAACUUGCCAUAAUGCGGAGAAGAGGGGGAGAGGGAGACAUUGAGCGAUUGAUGCUCGGUUCGUUUUAGGCAAUUUUCAAUUCUAAACGAGUUAUAAACAAUAAUAUUUAAAUUUCAUUCGACGGUCCCCAGCACAGUGUGAUAAACCAAAAAGCCAACGCUGCGUAAGAAGAUACAAAUCCGAAAAGACGUGAAACAAAACAAAUAUAAUAUUGUGCAAAAUUGUGUACUGUCUGCCAAAUGACAAAAAUGACAGAGAAAUGCUGGAGAUAAACGAUUUUAUAAAUUAUAAAUAAAACAUGAACAACCA